UCCACAAAGUCUAUCAACACAGUUUCUAUGUAUUGAAAUUAAAAAUAUUCGUUUCGCAUUUCGCAUCGAAGUCGUAAGACAAUCAAAUCGUUCAAAUUAAAAAAAACUUAUUCGUAAAAACAAAUUAUUAUAAAAAUAAAUAAAAAACAUGAAUUUAUAUGCUCAAAUACGGGUGUCGAAAACGGAAAAUACUUUAGAGAAUCCAAUGACCAUUGCAUUCGAUUCUACGGAUAUUACAACAAAAAAAUUAAAAUCUAAAAUUUCGAGAGCUGCAAACUUAAAUGAAAACGAAAUUGAAAUUCUUUAUCGUGGUAAAUUGUUAGAGGACAAUAGUUCAUUAGACAUUUUACCUGAUUCUAUUGUUCAAGUAAUAAAGAAAACAAAAGUCUCAUCUUAUACACCAAAAACAUAUACUAAAACAGACUGUGAAAGAAUUGCUAAAUUAUUUGGAACAGUUACUGGAACUCAAAUAAAUGUGGCGAUUAGAAUUAAUAUCUUGACGAAAAUUCUUUUAGAAUAUCCAGAGUUUCGUAGGAAUUUAGGUGCACAAGCCUUAAUAAGGGAUUCAGUUUUAUUUCAUUCAUUGGAUAAACCGGAAGUUAUUGAGAAAGUUGCAGAAAACUAUAGCAUAAUUUGUGAUGCGGCAGAAUUUAUUGUUAAAACAACUAAAAAAGAAUUAGCCAAAAAUGUAAAUAAUGUCGCAUAUACAAUAACUGAAGAAGUAUUUUCUGAUUACACAUCCAGUAGCUCUGAAGAAGAAAAUUCGAGUAAUGGAGCAAAUCAUCAACAACGAAUGAUAAGAAGAAUUACUCACGAUCAACUGCAAGCAGCAUUAUCCAAUAUGGGUUCUGGAUCUCGGAAUUCUUUGUCAAAUAUCGCCCAAAGAAAUGCAAAUUUGAUUGAAGAACAACAACGAAGUCAACAAUCUCAAGGACCAUCUAAUUCACAAGGAAAUUUCCCAAUAAAUAGAAUUUCUUCAUCUCAUCUUAAUAACGCAUUACAGCGAGCCUUAAUGCGUGGCUUAAAUAGUGAAGGUAACAACUCAAAUGUUUCUCCUCAAACAUCUCCAUCUGCUUCCAACCCUGGAGGUCUUGCAACUCAACUUCAAUCGGAAAACGUUGAAACAAUGGAUACACAAGAAACACCAACUGUUAUAGUUGAUGAUAGUAGUUUAGAUGAUUUACCAGCUCGCUAUCGUAACCAUCAAUAUGCAAAGCAAAUGCGUCAAAUGAGAGAAAUGGGUUUGAAGAAUGAUGAAGUAAAUGCAAGUGUUUUAGGUAUAACUGGAGGAAAUGUUGAAAAUGCUGUUAAUUUGGUGUUAACAUCAAAUUUUGAAAAUGAUUUCGGUAAUUUAGGUGGAAGUCAAGACAGUUCAUGGUGAUUAUAAAAUCUCAUUUCGUAUAUUUUACAAUAAAAUAAGAAAAUUUAAAUUGUCCAAUAUAUAAAAAAAAAAUAUUCUUAAUGGAAAUUGUAUUUAUUAAAUCUUUGAAACGUAUUCAAUAAAAAAAAAAAAGCUAUGGCUUCAAAUAUAAAUUAUAGAGUUUUAUGAAUUCGGAGUAUGUAUGUCAUUGUAUUAGACUAUUUUGAAAUAUAUUUUUAAAUUUGAAUUGCUUUUAAUUUUUGUUAGGUACAUAGGCAAAUUUCUUUAUGGGAAAUGUUGCACAUGUAUUUUAUAUGAAUAGCAAAACAUUUUGUAAUAAAUUUAAUUUUUUUUAUAA